AUGCCGUCAGGGGAGCUGCCGAUCGAUGGCCAGUCCCUUGGCCCUUUGACGCCAUCCCUUCGCAGCGGCCUUUUGGCCAUCACCGUGCUAUCAUGCAUUUCCUUUUUUGCCGCAGCCACUCUCUUCGUCUAUUUGACAUACAAGAUUGUCUCCUGGCAGCUCUUUGUCCGGCGUGAAAACGAGAAACGCUUUCGGGAAACUCAUCAGGAUCAGGGUGACCAUGAUCUGCCUCGCCAGCCAAACCUGCACCAAGGAGCCCAUCACGAGGCAUCUUCCUCGCAGCAUGCUGUUGAUUUUACGCUUGGUAUCGAUGGUGUCUUUGCCUCCCGCCCACGCCCGUCCAAUGAUGCUUCCGUUCAGGGCGAUGCCAAGUUCCCGCAACAAGACCCAGGCCCGCCUAUCCGACCGAUGAAGGGUUCGCCCAACCAGUUCCUCAUCCUCAUCUACAACCUUCUCGUUGCCGAUUUGCAUCAGUCGAUUGCCUUUGCCCUCAACUCGACAUGGAUCAACCGAAACGCCGUCCUGGUGGACACGAAAACGUGCUGGGCUCAGGGCUUCUUUGUCUCCACGGGAGAUUUGUCCUCGAGCAUGUUCAUCACUCUCAUUGCCGUGCACACCUUCUUUUCCGUGGUCAAGGGCUAUCGGCCGUCACAGAGGAUAUUGUACAUGUCCAUUGGCCUUGUGUGGCUGUUUGUGUAUUUCAUCUCGACGCUGCCAAUCGCCAUUACGAACAACGGCAGCGAGCAUGGCGGCUUCUUUGUUCGAGCUGGUGCCUGGUGCUGGAUAAACGCCGAGUAUGAGAAUCUCCGUCUGUUCACCCACUAUCUCUGGAUUUUCCUGGCCCUUGGCAUCACUUCCGGCCUCUACAUUGCAAUCUACUACUCUCUUCGUCAGCAAGCUCGUCGUCGCCGAGCUGCCAACCCGGACAGCGCAUCGGAUCCUGGCUUUGCGGGUGAUCACAAUCCGGCGUUUCUCAUCUAUCCCAUCAUCUAUGUCAGCUGUACGCUACCGCUGGCUACGGAACGUGUGGCAUCCAUGUCUGGGGCUAAUAUCCCACUGGGGCUCUUCUGUUUUGCUGGUGCGCUCAUCUCUCUCAACGGCUUUUUCGACUGCCUCUUGUUUGGCACAACUCGACACUCCAUCAUCUUCGCCUCUAAGUACGACAUUGAUGUGGCGGACACGGGUGUAAAGACAAUUGCCUUUUUACAAACCCCGAAGUCUCGACGUUACGGCAACAUGGUUUGGAUCCAGGGUGGCGAAGGUUCCAGGCGAAAGAUGGAACCGAAGACUACUGGUGGAUGGUGGUCGUGGCAGCGCCUGGCCGGACGCUCUAGCAGCAUGAGGCAGGAGAAGCGAAGACGGCCGCGAGGAUCCAGCCAGGAGUCGUUGCGAGGCCCUGGCAUCCAGAUGGAUCUGGUCACGACUGUUGUGGUGGAAGUGGAAGACGACAAGGAACGAGAUAUUCGAUUCCCCGAUCCCGCCGCCAGCGCCAGUCCCUCGGUCAACAGCACGGAUAGGGACGCAAUCAGCGCAAGAAAUAUGUGA